AUGGAAUUGAGACCUGAUUAAAUUUUAAACGGAAAGUAUUCAAUCAUUGAAAAGAUAGGAGAAGGUUGUUUUGGCAGAGUUUACAAGGGUAUUAACCUUUAAUAGAAAGAAUAUGUAGCAAUUAAAUAAGUUCCUUACCAAAAAUUUAGAGAAACUGCUAAGGUUAGAGAGUUAUUUAAUUCUGAAGUAAAGAUCCUUAAGGCUGUCAAAAAUGAAAAUGUUGUUGGUUACGUUGAUUACUUUGAAUGUUUAGAAGCAGCUUUCUUAGUUUUAGAAUACUGUGAUAGUGGUGAUUUAGAGUAAUAUUUAAAAAAAAGAAGAACCAUUCCUGAGCCAGAAGCUAUUGAAUUUUUCAAGCAAAUUCUUAAUGGAUUCAAAGGCUUGCAUGAAGUUCCUGCAGUGCAUCGUGAUUUAAAGGUUGCAAAUAUUUUGAUCCACAAUAAGAAUAUUUUAAAGAUUGCUGACUUAGGAUUCGGUAAAAUCAUCAAAGAUAAUUAAUUAGGAGUAACAGUAUUAGGUACAUCCUUGACUAUGGCUCCUGAAGUUCUAGAAAACAAAAAAUAUGGCUUAGAAGUUGACGUUUAUAGUUUGGGUGUCAUUUUCUAUUAAAUGCUUUUCGGAGUUUUCCCUUAUGUAGGAAGAAGUGAUCCUGAUUUGCUUAAAAAUAUUAAGAGCCUCCCUCUCAAUUUACAACCUAACUCUAUUAGAAUCUCUGAAAAUAUGAAAGACUUGCUAAGAAGAAUGAUUUGUUACCAAAGAGAAAAGAGAAUUAAAUGGCACGAGGUCUAUAAGCAUCCUAUCUUCUUGGAUGAAGGUAGAAGAGCAAACUCAAACAAUAUCUCAUUAGCUCACUUGCAGAGUUCUAAAAUCUAAAUUGGUAAAAAUCGUGAAUUUUACGAAAAAGAUCAAAACAGAUUUGAGAAUAUCGAUAUGCUUUAUCAGCAACCUUAAAUGAGUCCACAAAAUAAUCAAUAAAAUAUUAACAUGAAUAACAAUAAUGGUUAUAACAACUAUAAUAACAACGGUUUUUAAAACCAAAUGCAAUAAAAUUAAGGAAAUUACAACAACAAUAAUUAUAACAGUCCUUCUAACAACGCCCUUUAUCCUAAUAUUUAAUAAAACUAGAAUAAACCCAACAAUAUUAGCAAUGAAUAGCUUCAGCAAAUUAAAAAUGACGCAAGAUAAAAUUAAAUAAUCAAAGAACAAAUAAAUAAGGUCGCUGAGAGAUACUUGCACUAUAGAAAUCUUUAUGGUUAACUUAUCAAGGCUGUAAGCUAAGCCCACUCCCUUCCGAAUACACAAAUCAACACCUUCGUGCCUAUCUUCUUGAUUCAAAAGAAGCUUUAUGAUAUGAACAACAAGCUAUUCUUAUCUCUUGAUUAAAAAAUAAACAUUUUUAAGUUAUAAUACUUUGACUAGUUCUUGGCAUCACAACUCUAUCCAAGCUGUUCCUAAUUAGUCAAAGACGAAUAGAUGAUUAUUUCUUUAUACUACUAACAGUUAAGAAGUGAAGUCUAGCAGAUAUUAUCUAGAAUGAGUAAUGCUAAUCCUCAACUUAAAAAGGAAGUAGACAGUCAAGAAUUAACUGAUGGAUAUAAAGAUUUACUUACUUAAACUAUUGUUAAUUAUUAAAUGAAUCUUGCUCAAGAGAGAUCCAAAUUCUCCCCUGCUGACUAGUAAACUAUCUUCAUCCACGAAGUCCAAGUCCUCGAAAUCGUUGUAAUUGAUCGCUACCAAGAUCAAAUCGAUUUCGAUUUUGAAUAACACAACAUUGAUGUAUUAAGCAUUCCUCCUAGUAAAUAUGAUGAAGUGAUUGACACGAAAGUUGCUCAAUUAUUUUGUUGA